AUGGAUGACGAUACGGAUUCCCAAAGCCUGCUGCAAUCCGUGCUUAGAUUAUUCGCUCGAAAACGAUUACAAAGGCCGGCAAAACCGGCGUCACUGAGAUCACGGAAACGCGAGGCCUGGCUACAGACGGAUGCAUUUCUGCAGCGCGAUAAUAUUGGCGAAACUGACCCAGUGAGCGUUGCAAGGACUUUGCGCGCAUUUGAAUAUUUUGUUCAAGACGACUCUGAUGGAAAGAGAGAUUUUUUUUUUGAGCUACAGCAGGGCGGAGAACUCCCCAACAUCACAAAACCUUUCCUAACACUGGAGCACGUUCCAAUUAUUUUAGCCCGCAGUACAGAUACCGGAAACAGCUCUAGCGCUACGAAACACAUAGUUUAUCCUAACGCCAGUGUGCUAGCUCUGGGCAUACUCUUGUGCGAGCUUCACUAUUGCACACCUGUGGAGCUGAUGGCAAAGGACCCGCAUGUCGCCAGAAAGAUUAAUAAUAAUUUUUAUACCUGUCUCGAUAAGCUUCAGACUCUGGAAGACGACGCUGGCGUAGACUACUAUCUCGCUACGAAGGUAUGCCUUACUGGGGAGUACUAUCCCCUUGGACAGCACGCUGACUUCGAGGAUGUCAGCGUUCAGCGGCUCUUCUACCAAAACGUCAUCAAACGACUUGAGGCCGUAAUAUUCAAAGCAUAG